CAUAUUCUACGUAUCAGAGCCUUUAUCAGGAGGUCCAAAGAGCUAGGAAAUGACGUGACAACAGACAAGUUCUUCGACAGUGUUUCAUUUUGGCAACAAGCAUACGAACAAUCCGAAGCAGGACAGAGCAAGUUGCAUGAUCAAAUCCAUGAGCUACAGCAGCGAAACACCGGUUUAAUAGCAAAGAUGCAAGCCAAAAGUCUGGAACAUGAGAACGAAUCCCCACAGAUAAACAAGCGCAAAGCACAUGUCGGGAAGAAAACGAAGGGCCCAAACGGGGCGAAGAAACGGGCUAACAUACCAGAAAAGAUGCAGAAGAGGAUUAAACUGAUGGAUGAUGAUUCAAGUGGGGAGGAAGAUCGCUUGUGCCUCAGCAGGCAAUUAUAUACAUUGCAAAAGGCCCUGCAAAGAAAACCAAUCAAAACUAACUCUUUGGCUACUGCUGCUGUCAUUCUUUGCAAAUCUGCAGAACAGGAACUCGUUCAUGCUGUUCAGAGACAGAUCAUAUCAGCCCAGUCACACACGCCAAAUUCCAAACAAGCCGCAGACAUCAAUGGUGUUUUCACUGCAGUCAUCAUUGCUUUUCAUGUCGUGCAUCGUGCUUUGCAUAAAUUAUCAGCAAAUGCAAAUGAGAGACAGAAUCGGGCCCAGGUCAUUUACUACCUGGUUGGACUGUUUGAAUCAACUAUGACUGCCCUCACUCAUCAUUGCACUGCUAUCUCCAAACAAAAGUCUGCCACAGAAACCACAGGCGACCCAAGGGUGGUUCCAGGAACGGCCACGCAGUCAAAUGAACGAACCAAUUCAAGAGAGAAAAACCUACGGAUCGGGGACGAAAUAGCCUCCCACCUUGCGGAUGUACUCUGCACAAUGGCCCUAUCUCUUAACAUAUCCCGCGCCGAAGAUCAGCAUGUAAUGGAAGGAUAUCUUUCCCUCAUUCUUAAUCGUGUGGGCAAAAUGCUAGCCCUAUAUGUGUUUCACGAUCUCCGAUUACCAAUGAGUAUCAGUCCGAGAAUGAGAUUCCCAGGAGGAUUGGAGGCAAUGGCAGACGAGAAUCUCAUGCCGAACGAUGCGCAACUCGAAGCAACGUAUCUCAUUCGGCUUUUGGGAAGAGUCAUGCAUGCCAAAUCAAACAAAUCGGUUGAUGAAGCACAGGCUACACAAAGCUUUCUCAAAAGUUCUCAAAAUCGCAUCCAGAACACUCUGCUUCAAGCUGUCUUUGGAACUAAUGACAAGUUGUUCCAGGAUGGUCUACAACGUCCGAAGACUCCACCCUCUCAGGGAAUUGAUGAGAAAGAGACUGACCAGGAGAAGUUUGUGGAUUGGUUUACCCAGGAAUUGUGGCGAUUGGUAGGCUGGGAUGUACUGAGGAGUGCUUUUGUUCUGAAAUAG